CUAAACACUGAACUCUAGUCGCAGGGGACGAGCUCAGCCUUGAUUGUGUGAGUUCUCAGGAGUCAGACCCCUGUCCUCUGCAGACCAGAGCCCCUAAUUACCUAAAGAACAGGUCCGAGAAGAACCAUCCUCUUUACUGCAUGUCGGCCCAUACAUUCUGUCAAGCUCUUCUUUGCGCUUGUGACUUUAAAGCACUUUUGUACGCACCUGCUCCUCUCUUCCAAAGGAACCCGGAUAGUAGUUCAGAAUGAAUUCAACGGUUUUUAACGACACAGACAGUGUUUUGUUUCCCAACAGAAGCAGCGAGAGCUUUCUUUCGUGCUGUAAUUUGUCCUCAGUGGUGACGGACAGCGGGUUUGUGUCCACGGCGCUGGACGAGCGCAGCGUGUUCAUCAUGCGCACGGUGCAGAUCGCGGUGAUGUGCGUGCUGGCGCUCACCGUGGUCUUCGGCAUCUUCUUUUUAGGCUGCAACUUGCUCAUUAAGUCCGAGGGCAUGAUCAACUUUCUGGUCACGGACAGAAGACCGUCAAAGGAUGUCGAAGCGGUCAUCGUGGGAUCGUUCUAAGUGCGUAAAAGUUUCAUGGUCAGAUGGGACGCGCGCAUUGGUAAUAUGUGAAACUAUCCGUAUUGCCCUCCAGAAACAAAGAGAUGUUUUAAGACGGUAGAAGAAACAUUACAUUUAUGAUUCAAUAUUUACCGUUUCCACUGGGGACGGUGCAUUUUAUGAGAAAAGUAUAGGUUCAAGUGUAACGUGAGACUGCAAUGAAUAUUAAAUAGAAGAGAGGAAACAU